GUAAAGCGUACACGUGGAGGAUAUCUCGUCGGGAAAUUUACGCGUAGAUACAUCGGCGAUGUUGAUACUCGCGGUGUAGGCUGGUUUGGAAUUUGGCUCGCCUCGUGUUUUUAACGACGAAACGGUCGAUUCGUAUGUUGGGAGUCGAAGAUUCGGGUUGAUCGUUGAGAAGGUUGGUUAGUGUGGUUACUCUUUUCUUGGAUUUGGUAAAAAUGAAGUCGUCGAGGGUACGACGAUCGCCCGUGAAACGAUCCGCCUAUCGUCGAGAGAAACACAGUGGUCCCUGAAAGAACGCGGUUGAUCGGCGAAAUCGACUGGAACAAUCGUUGAAACGGAAGACCUUAUGCGUAAACGCGGGAGGGAAUCACGAUUUUCUAGAAUGUAAAGUGAGCAAAAAUGGUGGUAACGAAGAGAAGCGGUGCCAAAGCUGGGUUCCUGUUGUUCCUGUUGCUGGUCCAAGGUGGCAAAUGCAUCAAGUGGCUAGCCCUCGGUCGCACAGGGGAUGGUUACAUGUGGACGAGGGAGGCUUGCACCAGCGCGAAAAGUUCCGGGCUUCUGGAGAGGAAACAGGCGAGGGCAUGCAGAGCGACUCCGGACGUGAUGCCCAGUCUGGUCCAAGCAGCGAUGGAUACGUCGACAGUAUGCCAACAAGCAUUUCGACACCGUAGGUGGAAUUGCAGCAGCAUCGAGCGUGCGCCAGAUUACACGCCUGAAUUACUUACGGGAACAAGGGAACAGGCAUUUGUGUAUGCGAUGUCAGCUGCUGCAGCUGUCUGGAGGUUGGCAAGGGGAUGCGCGUUGGGGAGUCUCGCAGCCUGUUCUUGUGCAACACCACCGCGAAAAGAGCCACCAUCGCCAUCCGCGUUAAUUUCGCCGUCAUCCUUCACCGCACCGUCCGUUUCUUUCAAUACACUGUCGCCCAGGAAUUCGUUCAAAUGGGGUGGCUGCGGCGACGAUGUUCGAUCAGCGUCCCGGAUGGCUAAAAGGUUUCUUCAAGGCGCGACACCCCCUGGCACCGGUGCAACUGCCAAGUUCAUGCACGCUGUCAAUAUGCACAAUAAUCGGGCGGGUCGAAGGGCAGUGGAGCAAUCUUUGACCUUGGAAUGCAAGUGCCACGGCGUGUCCGGUUCGUGCAGCGUGCGUACCUGUUGGAGAGGACUCGGUUCUUCGGGACCAUCGGCCGCAGGAAAUCGUUUGCUUCGAAGAUACGCAACCGCAGCCGAAGUUCGACCAAGGUCAGGAGGAAGACUGCCGCCUUUGUAUCAUCAUGAUAACCUCUUGUACACUACCAAAAGCCCGGACUACUGUCUCCCGGAUAAAAUGAGGGGAAGUCUUGGAACCAUUGGCAGGCAAUGUAACGGCAGCAGCUCCGGUUACGAGAGUUGCGAGUAUCUUUGCUGUGGACGAGGACAUGUCACUAAAACGGAGGAAGUUCUGGAAAGAUGCGACUGCAAGUACGUCAGCUGUUGUUACGUAAAGUGCAAGACGUGCAGGAAAAUCACGAAGACGUACGAGUGCAAAUGAGCGGAGGAAAAACAAAAAAUUUCGAAUCGAGAUCGAUCCUCGUCGAGUCCAAAAAAGAAAUAUAUUUGCACAGGGGGGGAAGGUGAGAAUGCAGUCCGCCAUUCUGUUUAAAAAAUCGAACUUAGUUCUAGUCAGUCCUAUAAAUAUUCGUACUCCCUAUGCGUAUCGAAGAAAUUUGUCUAAAUUAAAUGGCAAGUUUGUUGUUUCCAAAUCAAUUUUUUCAUUAUUAAACUGCCAAGUUUUAUGUGUUCAUAGGAAAUUUGAAUGUGUAAGUAACUAUAAAAUGUAUACAGUAUGCAAUAAAAUAAUAAAAUAUCGAAAGUAAAGUUCUAUUCGGAUUCCAUUUUUGUAGGUACGUUUGCAAAAAUUUUAUUUUGCAUAAGAAUCCGCAGUUAACUUAUUAUAACUAUGUACAUGAAUAAAGU